AUGUUUGAAACAAUACCCAAGAUACGUAUAUUUAUAAAUUUACUUUUAACCACCGAAAUAUGUUUGGGUCUAGCGAUAAUUGCAGUAACUUGGUACCAUCAACAUCUAUUGGCGGCAUUUUUAACAGAGACCGAAGGCAUAAUGUUAUCAUCAAAGUUUUUUAACGCCUACAUUUUGGGCUUUCAAUUAUUUGCUUCUUUUUUGUGUGGCAUUUCAAUGUGGGCUAACAUAUGGCCUCGUCGUUACUCUGAAAAUUUACAACUUUUACUAAGUGUUUGGUUGGUAUAUUGCUUUUUAAUUGUUGCCUGUGGUGGGGCUACAAUUUGGACUUUAUUAGCUAGUGCUGGUACUCUCUCAGAAGAAGCGGAAAUUGUUUUGCUGCGAGGUAUUGAUAACUAUUACAUGAAGCCAGAGUGGAAAUUUCUUUGGGAUAAACUGCAAUAUACAAAAGAAUGUUGUGGGGUGAAUAACUAUCAAGAUUGGAUGCAGGCAUCGUGGAUGUCGGAAAGUGUUAGGCGUUAUCGAGAUGUUAUGUUUGAAGAGCAGCAAUAUGGCUUGUGUACAACUACAACUGAAUGCUCUCCAUUAUAUUUUGAUUAUGAAAAUAGUGAAAAGGAACCUUUAGCAAAUCAGCCAGUAAAUAAAGUGUCAACUUCCAAACCUUAUGCGAACGAUAACCUGUUAAAUGUUCAGCAAAUAUUAGCUCCUUAUGCCUGUUGUAAACAUAAUAGCGUGUCCUGUUAUGCUAAUUAUAUGCCUCAUAUAAAAAGGUCUAGCGAGUCUAAUCGUUUACCUCAUUUAAAUUUAACGGAUAUCAAUACAAAUGGUUGUAUUUCGAUAUUCACCAGACACUUGAGAAUUGCUAUGAAUACACUUUUUAUUUUAAUAUUGUUGGCAAUUGUUAUUGAUAUACUAAUAUGCUGCCUAACUAAAUACCUUAUGGCUACCAACUUUAAUAGAAGCUAUCGGGAAUUCAGCAAUGAUUCGUGUAUGUUUGAUGAUGAGGGAAAUGCUUUGGUAGUUAUAAAGUGUCCCCCUAAAGUAAGGUGCAUAACAUUGGAGGAACCAAACACCUAUUCGGGUUCUGAUAUUCCCAAUUUAGCAUCAAGCAAUGAUUUAUGCCCAUGUUGCAAUGGUAGCCAUGAAGCUGUUGCUGAUCCUGAAGAACGCUCGAAGACAAACAAGAAAAAUAACUCACAUAUUGUACAUUAG